CUAUUACUUUAGUUUCUGAUCAAUCAGUGAAUAGUUGAAUACCCAUUUGACUUGCUUAACCAGGUUGCCCCAAGUUCCUUUGAAAUUUUAUGUGGUGGGGAUCACUGAAUCUUGUCACUGACGGUGUGAAUAGUCAUUUAAUUUGUUACUUGGUGCCUUGCUGUUCUUAUCAGUGUUCAAGUUUUUUGGUUGAUGAACCACCGGCCAAAAUUUCUAACUUGGGUCAAGACUUGUGGUCGGCAAUAGUCAAUUAUUGUUGGGUUUUGGCAUUUCAGGUGAGAGGUUGAGAAAGCAGCCAAUAGUUUGCUGAAAUGAGAGCAAAGCCAGUUGGAAUUAAGUGUUUCUGAGGUGUAUUUCCCAUUUGUUUAAUUAAACUUGUACUAAACUAUUCCAUCAGUUUCUACUCUGAAAGUGAGUAGCUUUUUGUUAACUGGGUAUACUUUUUUUUUACUAUUAAGUCUUUGUUCUUUAGUUUCCGGCUAAAUGGCUUAUCUUGGCAGUGGAACCAGUAGCUGUAGCAUAUCAGUUGGUCUUAUGACUUUUGGUUUGUUAUGAUGAAAGGGACAUCAUUGUCGAGGAAACUUUUUGGGGACUUGUGAAUUUUUCAAAUACUUCCAUGGUGUUGUUUUGUGAAUCAGAAAAAAAUAUUUGUUAUGUGAGUGGGAGGACCAUUGAGUAUUCUUCUUUGGCAAGUUGAAAUUAUGGGUGUUUGUUAAGUAUGUCCUCGCUUUCUGUCCUUUUUCUUCUGUGUCCUCGCUGUGGAUGAAUCUUCCCUGUGAGAAGUUUACUUGUGGGCUACCAUGUAAUGGUCUGAAAACUCUUAUUUAAAUCAUAAAAAAUAUCCAUCAACAGAGGUAAUUGGAUCCUGUUCUGAGAUACCUCCAUAUUUAAGAGCUUGUGCCUUUUGAGUGUAGUAUAUAAGUAAUCAAAAGUAAGUUCUUAAGCUGAGGCUGAGGGGGAUGAAUAGCAGAGGAGGAAAGCGCCCUGAGGCCUUCUGGCCUUCCAUUAUGAUGAAGAAAUGGUUGAAUAUAAAGCCUAAGGUCUAUGAUUUUAGUGCAGAUGAGGUUGACACCGAAACUGAAACUGAAAGCGAAGAAGAAGCUUGCUCUCCUAAAGUUGCAAGAACGCGUAUGCGCAGGGAUCAUGGCCUUAGGACAGAGGGGAACCAAUCCAGUUUCUCAACUCAACUUCCAGAUCCGCCUUCUUUUGGCUAUCAGUUAAGACAUAGGAGAGGAAAAUCAGAAACUACGCGUGCUCAGUACAUAAACACAAAGGAUGUGAGGGUGACAAUAGGCACUUGGAAUGUUGCUGGAAGAGUUCCAGAUGAAGACCUUGAUAUUGAUGAUUGGAUUUCUUCGGAAGAGCCAUCGGAUAUCUACAUUUUCGGUUUUCAAGAGGUUGUCCCUUUGAAUGCUGGGAAUGUAUUCGGAGCAGAGGAUAACAAACCGAUACCAAAGUGGGAGGCAAUCAUUCGCAGAACUCUGAACAAAUCAUUGGAACCUGAAAGCAAACAUAAAUGCUACAGUGCUCCACCUUCACCUGUACAAAGGACUUCUUCUGUUGCUGAUGUACUUGCAGAUGAGAUUAAUGAUCUUCCACUAGGGUUGCUCUGCCAGGAAUAUGUUGGAGCUGCUAAUGGUUGUGACUUGGAACAAGUUGAAUUGACUAAAGCACUAAGUAUCGGAAAGAACUUACAGUGGAAGAGAAUUUAUGGCAUUGAUUGUGAUAGUAGACUAGAUUGGCCUGAACGCUCAUUAGAUGCUACCCCUCAAGUUGUCUUCUCAAAUUCUAAAUUGCGGCGGGUCAUGAGUACUUCUGCAAGCAUUGGCUUUAAUUUGCCUAAUCCUUUAAUAUUCGGUCCUCAAAAUUUAUCACUAAAAGGUAGUGGAUUGAAAAGAUCACACCAUAGCUUUGGGAGUCUGGGAUCAAUAUUGAUGCAGCAGAAAGAGAUGCCCGACUUUCUUGACUCUCUCGCUGCUAUGUCCGACAGGUUUUCAGAAGAGGAAGAGGACACCUUCGAUGAAUUACCAACUGAACAACCUUAUAAUGAAGUAAUCAUAGCUGGUGUAAAGUUUCAUCCAACUGAACAACCUGAUAAUGAAGUAAUCAUAGAUGGUGUAAAGUUUCAUCCUACAUACGUGCGAAUUGUCAGCAAGCAAAUGGUAGGGAUAUAUAUAUCCAUCUGGGUGCGUAAGAAGUUGAGGAGACACAUUAAUAACUUGAAAGUAUCUCCUGUUGGAGUUGGUCUAAUGGGCUACAUGGGAAACAAGGGGUCAGUUUCUGUAAGCAUGUCCCUUUUUCAGUCACGAAUGUGCUUUGUGUGUUCUCAUCUGACCUCUGGUCAGAAGGAGGGGGCUGAACAGAGGCGAAACUCAGAUGUGUAUGAAAUUAUACGACGCACCUGUUUCUCAUCUGUCUUCGAUACAGAUCAACCACAGACAAUUCCAUCCCACGAUCAGAUCUUCUGGUUUGGGGAUUUGAAUUACCGCCUCAAUAUGUCAGACACCGAGGCAAGGAAGCUUGUUGCUCUGAAACAGUGGAAUGAACUUCUCAACAAUGAUCAGCUAAGCAAAGAACUCCGCAGUGGGCAUGUAUUCGAGGGUUGGAAAGAGGGGCUGAUACAUUUUCCACCUACCUACAAGUAUGAAAUCAACUCCGAUACAUAUGUUGGCGAGAAUCCAAAGGAAGGAGAGAAGAAGAGAUCACCAGCAUGGUGUGAUCGUAUACUGUGGCUAGGAACAGGCAUCAAACAGCUUUCUUAUAAGCGGGCAGAAAUGACGCUUUCAGAUCACCGACCGGUUAGUUCAAACUUCGUGGUUGAAGUUGAAGUGCUAGAUCAUCAGAAGCUACAAAGAGCUCUCAAUUACACUAGUGCAGCAAUACAUCCCGACAUUUUCUUGGAUGGAGAUGAGGAUUUAGAAUGUUAAGUAGCAGAGACGAGGAAUAUAAUGAUCUUCCUGCUGCAUCUACAUGCAUGUCCGUACAUAACGUGGAAUUAUUUUUCAAACAGGGAAUUGCAGACCAUUCGACAAUGUUGAAACGUUGGUUGGUAUCUUUUUUGACAGACGGAGUUCAAUCAUUCAAGAUGCUGCUUUCAAUUACUGUUUACUGCCAUAGGAAUGUGGAUAGCAAUAGCUAGCUAGGAUAACAACAAACUUUAGAUAUUAUACAAAUCAGGUUACUGUAUAGAUGGGAAAAAGAAAAAAAAAGAAAAAAGAGCAUCUUUUUUUUACUCGAACUGUUGUAUCUUUUGAUUCCCUUGUAUUUGUCGUAUGUAUUACGGUUUUUGGGUUGUGCCAGUGAGACUCUUUGUUACUUGGAAGCCUAAAAAGGGGGUCAUAUACAUAACAGUUGAAUAGCACAUUGAUGUGAUUAACAGAAUAUUAAAGUUCCAGAAUAUCAUCCACUUUGAAUGUG